AACACACCUUUACCCGGUUUUCCUGACAGUGCAGCUCUCCCUCUCCCUCUGUCUGUCUCCGGUUUCUAAAGGAAAAUUCCAACCUUUGGGGGAGUUUGCAGCCCUCCCGCUUUACCUCCAGCAGAACAGAUGUCUCAAUGUUCCUCUCCUACUCAACUUUCCUACCGAUGGCUUGUGGCUAGUUUUCAGGUGCAUUCAGGCUCUCAGGAAUGAAAAAAAAGAUUCUAGGAACCCCAUUGAAGUUCAGCAAUCUAAACCCACUGCUGUUCAGAAAUAGGCUAAACCUCCAUCCAUCAAGGCAAAUGGAGGCAAGGUGGUGAAGCCAGGGACUCCUAGAUGGGCUCAAUCUGGACCCACCAUAGCUUUAAAGGACCUGGAACCAAUUGAGUGAGGUGUUUGUAGGAGGAUGAAGUUUGUGCCAGAGAGACUUCCCUGCUCUUCAACUCAAAUCAUUUAUGCCCACCAGAGAGGGCAGCCUACUUGUCAGGCCUUGGGCCAGUGAUCAUCCUUACAGUCUAACAGCGCUCAAGGUCAAUUAAUCACCUACUUGCCCAUUCCUCAAACCUCUCUCCCUCCACCCUCCAUCACCCGCUUUUCCCCGAGUCUAAAUAAUGGAAAACCUGACUGAACUUCAGAAUCCUCUGUUGGAGAAAAACAACAAACAUGUCCAAAGCGAUUAUGAUUACCAGGACGAUUACAGGGAGCAGCAACACUACAAGGAGAAGAUUCUGAGCUACUUUGUGAACAAUAAUUCUGCCAAGAAUAAACCUAAAGCCAACUUCACCCAUCAGCUCCUAGACGCCAGCUCGCUGCACCUGGCUGUCGAAGCCUUUUACCGCCCAAACUUUAUUUUGUACAAGGACGAGGCGAAAGAGAGCGUAAAGGAUUACAGGAACGACAACUGUGAGACAACAUUCACGGAGAGGAAGAACUUGACUAUUGACUCCCCCGACCAUUCAGAAUCUAAACCUGUGGACUACACAGAGAAUGAUGUUAAAAUUCAAACUGUCUCCUAUGAGGUGGAAGAAGAGGAAUUUCACGACUGUGAGAGUGACUGCUCAAGUGACAGUGAUAGCGAGGACAACUUCAUUAUGAUCCCUCCGCGUGACCACCUGGGUCUGGCUAUCUUCUCCAUGCUCUGCUGUUUCUGGCCUCUGGGCAUUGCUGCUUUCUACUUCUCCCAAGGGACAAGCAAAGCUAUUGCAAAAGGAGACUAUCAGCGUGCGACCUCAGCAUCACGAAGAGCUCUAUUCCUAGCAGCGCUCUCCAUCACCAUUGGAACAGGCGUUUAUGUCGGGGUCGUUGUGGCUCUCAUCGCUUACUUGUCAAAACCAGGACAUGUAUAGUGUUGAACUCCAGACUGCUGAAUGUGAAGAUCUUUGAAUGACGGUUCUUCAGCUGUUUGAUUAUCCAAUUUUAUUGCCCUGUUAAUUGAGUAAAUUGUGUGUAUUAUUCAUUGUAUGGCCAUUUUGGAUCUGGGGAAUGUGUGCUGCCUGGUCAUGAGGAGGUUUAAGAUGCUUGCUUCACACCUCUGCACUAGGAGCUUUGAGCGGUAACAGUAGCCAAAUCCCAAGUCCAUCGUUGUCUCCUCAGUACUUGACUGGGCAACUGUGUGAGAUGCCUUGGCAGAAGCAGAGCACUUUACUGUGGAAGGGAGGUGGGAUUGAGGAAAACCCUGCAGUUGCCAUCUCACCCUAUUGAGCCAACAUAAUGAUCUUGGACAUGAUGGUGUGGGAAAAAAAUUGUGGCUUCAUCUCCUAUGUUCAGAUGGCUCAACGGAAGUAGGAAGAGCAGAACAUGCCAAAGUAAAAGGGAAAGGAGGCAGGGGGGGUGCGGGAAACAACUUUGUACAAAUGUAAAUAACUGGUCUAGGGCAAGAGUGAAUAAGCCAAUGAUAUGAAAAUAGGCCAUUUGCUGUUGCUAAGCAAACUAUGCCCUGGGUCAUUCUCUCUCAGUAAGCCAAUUAUGCCGUAAUUAGCCGUUCAAUGUUAAUGUAGCUAUGUCAUAAAGGCUACCUCUUCAAUUAUGCUCGGUCCAUUAUAAACGCUGUGUGAAAUAAAAAGGCCUGGCUCCCAUUA